UUGUCAGUCGUCAAUAUGGCAAUUUUUGAAAGUUUAUCUUUGGUCGGUGUUCUCGUUUUUGUGGUCGCAGCGGUGGUUGCAGAUCCGAUUCCCACCACCGUCGCCAAUCCAGUUCUAAGCGUAACGACUUCGGUUCAGAACGCUCACACGAACAGUUUGGGUGUUCCAAUUAUGGCGAAUACAUUGCCCGCUUCAAAAGCCUCGGUUACUUUGCUUGCAUCGCAAGUGGAUCCAUUUCAACAAGCAUCCAUCAUGUCAUCUCAAAUGUCAAACGCAAUGUCAAAUGCUGUGAAUAGCCAUAUUCAGCAAGUAGCGGCAAAUGCUAUCGCCCAUUUGGCAGCAUCACAACAAUCGAUGAUGGCUGUAACUCCAGUCGUUAUGGCCCCAAACAACUUUAAUCAUUUUACUUCCAUGCCAGCUGUUUCUGUUCCAGGAAGGACCGUUGUCGAAACGAGAUAUGAAAUUAUUGGCGACAAGAAAAAUUGUGCCGCAAGAAAAUCAACUUCAAAACCAGUAUCAUCAUCACGUUCGAGUGGAUCAAGAUCUGGAAUUGUUAUAACACAUGACGAUGGAACUCCAAUUGGGAAAUUAUAUUGAUUUUGAACUUUAAUAAUCAAAUCUUAACUAAAAGUAACAUUGAUACAUUGUACUGGUAGCUUUUAUUAAGAGAAAAUACACCGAUUCGUUCGAAAAAAAAUA